AAAGAAGAAGUUGAGAUACGUUUCAAUCUCUCUCCUAAAGUAGUCUCUUCUCACCACCAGCUUCUCUCUUCUCUUUUUCUCUCUCUUUCUCUUAUCAUCUUUAUUUUCUCUCUCUUCCCUCAUCACUGCCCCUUCUCUACCUCCUUACCUCUGCAAUCACAAGAUUUUCUCUAAUCCCUCAUAAACCCAAUCUCUUUUCCCAUUUCCCCCCCUUUUCUCUUUUACAAAUUCACCCCCAAAUCUUAACCUACCUAAUUAAUCCUCUCUGAACAUCAUUGCCGCAGAAAAACAAAUUUCAAUUUGGGUUUCUUUCUUCUUUUUGUUGUAUGAUAUGGGUGUCAAAUUUGUGGGUUUCGUUUAAUUUCUGCUAUUUAUUUGUUUGGAAGAAGAAAUUAACUUGAAUUGAGAAAGAAAUUUGAUUGAUGCCGCCGGAGCCAUUGCCGUGGGAUCGGAAGGAGUUGUUUAGGGAUAGGGAUAAAGAAAGAGGUUCAUCUUCUUCUUCUUCUUCCAGAUGGAGAGAUUCUUCUUCAUAUGUUGGAUCCCGUAAUUUUAACAAUAACAAUCAUAACAACGAUUUCUCCCCUCGUUGGGGUUUCCCUUCUUCCGACUUUCGCCGUCCUCCUGGUCAUGUUAAGCAAGGUGGAUGGCAUAUGUACCCUGAGGAUCACGGGUAUUCAACACCUCGUUCUGGCGAUCGCUUCAUGGAUGAUGAUGUAUUUAGACCGUCUGGGAUGCGGGGAGAUGGGAGGUAUGGUAGGUAUUACAGGGAUAAUCGUCCCUCCUUUGGACAGAAAGACUGGAGAAGUCAUUCUUGGGAAGUCGGUCACCACCAACAUAGUUCUUCGUCAAAUGGAGUUGGAAGGCCACAUAUUGCUAAUGAUCAGAGGUUAGUUGGUGCUUCCCCUAACCAGCAACAUAGUUCUUCAGCAAAUGGAGUUGGAAGGCCACAUAUUACUAAUGAUCAGAGAUUAGCUGGUGAUACCCCUAACCAACAACAUAAUUCUCCGGCAAAUGGAGUUGGAAGGCCACAUAUCAUGAAUGAUCAGAAGAUAGUUGGUGAUUCACCUAACCACCAACAUAUUUCUCCGGCAAAUAGAGUUGGAAGGCCACAUAUUACUAAUGAUCAGAGGUUAGUUGGUGAUUCACCUAAGCAAACUGCUCAUCCCAAUUCAGAUCCUUGUGAUCAGAUUCUGGCGAAGGAUCAGGUUGAUAGGUCAAGUGAUGUUAAUGGGUCCGGUGUAGGACAGAAGGUUGAUAAAGAAAAUUUGGUGGGAACAUAUGAGUGGAAUUCUCUUAAAUGGUCUCGUUCAAGAAGCUUGACAUCUAGGGGCUCUGGUUUUAGUCAUUCUAGUAGCUCUAAGAGUAUCGGAGGGGAGUCCAGUGAUGUGAAAGGUGAGCUGCCCCCAAAGAAUUCUGCCCCUGUUCAAUCACCUUCUGGAGAUGGUGUUCCUUGUGUUGCCGCUGUUGCUCCUCCAGAAGAAGCAUCUUCUAGGAAGAAGCCACGUCUUGGAUGGGGGGAGGGGUUGGCAAAGUAUGAGAAAAAGAAAGUUGAUGGCCCAGAGGACAAUGUAAACAAGGCUGUUAAUGCAAUGUCAGUUUCCAAUGUGGAGCCGUCGCAUUCACUCACCUCAAAUCCAUUUGACAAGAGUCCCAAGGUUACAGGUUUCUCUGAUUGUUCGUCACCUGUCACACCAUCAUCAUUUGCCUGUAGCUCCUCACCAGGGCUGGAAGACAAGACAUAUGGGAAAAGUGUAGAUGUUGAUGGUGAUACUAGCAACUUCAGUGUGUCUUCGAUGCCUGUGCCCGUGAGUCAGCCUGAAGGUUCACAUUUUAGUCUGGAAAAAUUGGAUCUGAACUCGAUCACCACCUUGGGCUCCAUGCUCACUGAACUGUUACAGGCAGAUGAUCAAUGUUCAAUGGACUCUGGUUUUAUGAGAUCUUUAGCUUCGAAUAAACUGCUGUUGUGGAAAGGUGAUAUCUCAAAGGCAUUGGAAGUGACUGAAACUGAGAUUGAUUUACUUGAAAAAGAAUUGACUUCAUUGAAGGCUGAUACCAUUAGAAGCUUCCAUUGUCCUGCAUCUUCGAAUUCAGGGCCUGCAGAUUGUAAAGAUGGACAAAGUGAUGUAUUAAAUGUCUUCCCUAGACCACAUCCUUUGGAAGUGGUUACAAAUGGAGAUAUAGUUAUGGAAGAUAAAUACGCAUGCAAUGACGCUAGAGGUGUUAAUGUGGAUAGUAGGGAUGAAGAUAUCGAUAGCCCUGGUACCGCUACAUCCAAAUUUGUGGAUCCUCCUGUUCGAAUAUCCCCUGAGGAGUGCAAAAGUUCUUCUGGGGAGACUGACUCUGAUGAAUCUACCAAAAACGCAAUGGAAAUUUUGGGUACACAUAAUGAUGAGACAAAUGUGGGUACAUCUUGUCAAAGCCAUGAUAGAAAUUUGGUUCUAUUUGAUAAUAGUACUGUUUGUAUGGACCAUCCUAAUGCGUUUGCUAAAAAAGAGGAUAAUCUAUUUGACACUAUAUCAGCUUGCAAUAAGGAAUCUGCAGACAGAGCUGCUAAGUUAUUACCUAGCUGUGAUUAUUCGAUGGAGGCUUCUAGAAUAUAUUGCUUGCCUGCUGAGCCCAUAGUCCAAGAGAAGUUUCUAAGGAGGAAGCAGUCACUCAGGUUUAAAGAGAGUGUGCUAGCUUUGAAGUUUAAGACUUUUCAUCAUCUUUGGAAAGAGGAUUUGCGUUUGCUUUCUUUGAGAAGUCAUCGAUCAAAACCACCUAAGAAGCAAGAUCUGAGCUCACGUACACUGCAAAUUGGCAGUCAUAAGCAUAGGUCAUCCAUUCGUUCACGGUUGGCUUCACCAGGAAGUUCAAGCCUGGUUCCGACAACAGAGAUAAUUAAUUUUACGAGCAAUCUGCUUUCAGAUUCUCAGGUGAAAGUUUAUAGAAGUAGUUUGAAGAUGCCAGCUAUGAUCUUGGAUGAGAAAGAGAGGAUGACGAGGUUUGUGUCAACUAAUGGAUUGGUUGAAGAUCCUUGUGCAGUUGAGAAGGAAAGAUCUUUGAUUAACCCUUGGACUGCCGAAGAGAAGGAAAUUUUCAUGGAUAAGCUAUCUAUCCACGGGAAAGAUUUUCGAAAGAUUGCUUCAUUUCUUGAUCACAAGUCCACGGCUGAAUGCAUCGAUUUCUAUUACAAAAAUCAUAAAUCAGAAUGUUUUGAGAAAAUCAAGAAGAAAAAACUAGAAAAACCUUUAUCUGCUAGUACAUAUAUGGUGACAUCUGGGAAGAAAUGGAGUUUGGAGAUGAAUGCCGCUUCUCUUGAUAUUUUGGGUGCUGCUGCUGCUCAAGCUGAUCAGGCUUUAGAAACUUCAAAAAUGCUUUUAGGGAAGUCGAGCAGUCGAAAGUCUAGAGGGUCAGAAGCCUUCAUUGAAGCUUCAAAUAGUUUUUGUGGUCCUGAAGAUGAAAGAGAGACUGCAGCUGCUGAUGUAUUGGCUGGCAUCUGUGGUUCGUUAUCGUCAGAGGCUAUGAGUUCCUGUAUCACUAGUUCCGUAGAUCCCGCUGAUGGAAACCAAGACUGGAAGCAGCAAAAGGUUGGUUCUGCCAUUAGGCGACCUUUGACUCCAGAGGUCACACAGAAUGUCGAUGAUUCAUGUUCUGAUGAGAGCUGUGGAGAGAUGGACCCUGCUGACUGGACAGAUGAUGAGAAAUCUCUGUUUGUGCGGGCUUUCUCAUCUCAUGGAAAGGAUUUCUCUAUUAUUUCUCGAUAUGUUGGGACAAAAUCCAGAGAUCAAUGCAAAGUCUUUUUCAGUAAGGCACGGAAGUGUCUUGGUCUGGACACUUUCCAAACUGAAUCUGGGCAUGGAGGAACUAAUGCAAGUAAUGGCACAAAUGGUGGAGGAAGCGAUACUGAAGAUGCUGGCAUCGUAGAAAUGGGUUCUGUUGUCUGCAGUGACAAAUCAGGUUCUAGAAUGGAUGAAGAUCUGCUGCAUGUUAAUCAAGAUGUGUCCAAGCCUGACGCUGGUCCUGAAUUGAACAUGGUGGAAGAUGAUUGUGGUCUGGGACAGUUUGAUCAUAAGGAUGCUGAUAUGGAAAUUGAAAGCUUGCUUCCAAAUGCUAAUCUGGAUGUCUCCGAUCCGGUUGAUAGUGGUGGGGUGGUUGAUGACCCGGACAAGGAUUCAGCUACUGCUGCUGUAAGAACUGAUAUAGAUGCCAAAGCUAAGAUGGAUGCAACAAUUGGUAAUAGAAGUGCUGAUGACGUUGUGCCUCGAAUUCCAGGUGCUAUGGAUGUCGAAGCAGCUUCUGGCAUCGCUGACAUCAAAUCUGAAGCUCGUUUGUUUUGUGCCCCUGUUGAGCUUGCUAGACCAUCAACGUCAGAGGAUAAUGCUGAUCGUGUUCCAUCUGGUGCACCCCCUUGUAAAUCUAAGGGUUUCCCGUUGGAUUUAUCCAUCAAGGCAAAUUUGCACGAUGUUGUCACUCACACAGUUGGAUCUGAGAGCAUUAUUGGACAUCCGUUUCAAGAUUCAUUUCUCAGAAAAUGUAAUCGUACUGCGUCUCACAAUUCAAUUCCCGAGCUAGCUCUCGUUCAACAGAAUGAAAGUGAUCUGGGGUCAAGCUGCUCUUCAAAAGCGGAAAAACCAGCAUGCAGAAACGGUGAUGUAAAAUUAUUUGGAAAGAUUCUCAGCAAGACAUCUUCAAUUGACAAAGCAAACUCUAAUGAGAAGCCGAAGCACCAUCCCUUUUCCGGUGGCAAGUUGUCUGCUAGUCAAGAUUCAAAGGGGAAUUCGACGUGCUUUGCUGACGACCACAAUAGUUUUCUUGGUUUAGAGAAUGUUCCAAUAAGAAGUUACGGUUUCUGGGAUGGAACUAAGAUACAGACAGGUUUGCCGUCUUUUCCAGAUUCAGCUUUGCUACUGGCCAAAUACCCAGCUGCUUUUGCAAAUUAUUCGAUUUCUUCACCCAAGUCUGAUCAGCAGCCGUUGCAAGUAACCGCCAUGAGUGGUGGUAAUGAGUGCAAUAUGAACGGUGCUUGUGUCUUCUCACCGAGGGAAUUCAGCAACAGCAAUGGAGGUGUAAUAGAUUAUGCAGUUCUGAGGAACCAAGAAGGGCUGCAGCCGUUCAGACUAGAUAUGAAACAAAGGUCUCAGGAUGUGUUUUCGGAGGAACCCAGGAACAGCUUUGAACCCAUGUCUGGUUUACCGCAGAAGGGUAAGAGUUUAGUAAAGCUGAACGUUGUACAAGGAGUUGGAGGAUCAUGCACCGGGAUCACAGAUCCCGUAGCAGCACUUAAAUUACAUUACGCGAGUCAACAGUUUGGAGGUAGUGGUGGGAUGAUUAGGGAGGAAACUUGGCGAAGUCAGGGAGGAGACGUAGGAAGGUAACGAAAAUGGCGGGGGCCUUAAAGAUGAAGCAAGGCCCAACGGGGUUGCGUUGGCUUGGCGCAAAAGGUUUGUACAUUAGGUUUUUGUAUUGUUGAAUUCAACUCUGUUUUACCAACAAGAUUUGAAAUUAGGUCUACCCAUUACCAUUAGAUUGCUUGUAAUAUUUGCAGGAUUUGUAUUUGUUUGUAUUUGAUGGAAAAUACACAACAUAAUCUGGCAAAUUUUGGGAGGUUAGAAAUGUAGUCGAUCGAUCGAUAUCGUAUGGCUUCCUCCCUUCUCA